AUGAGAGGAAGAAAACACCCUCUUGUCAUUUUUGCUUAUCUUGUACUAGUUUUUGCAAAUGUAGCUACUUCAGCUUCAAAAGGAACGUUUACGCCGACCGAUAACUAUCUGAUCAAUUGUGGAUCUCCUGAUACUACUUUGCUUGAUGAUGGAAGGACUUUUAAGUCUGAUCCUCAAUCUGCUUCUUACUUGUCUACUGAUGAGACUAUUUUAGCUUCUGUUAAGUCUUUAUCAGAAAAGGUCACUUCUUUUUCCUCUGCCUCUUUGUUAUAUCAUACAGCAAGAAUAUUUGAAAGUGAGUCUAUGUAUAGAUUUCUUGUUUUCAAACCAGGCAGGCAUUGGGUGCGUUUGUACUUUUAUCCUAUUCAACAUCCAAAUUAUAAUCUAGCAAGUGCUAUGUUUACUGUUACUUCUGAUAAUAUUGUUUUACUUCAUGAUUUCUCAGUGAAAGAUACUAGUAAAGUUGUGUUCAAAGAAUACCUUAUUAAUAUUACUUCAUCACAAUUCACUCUCAAAUUUUCACCUUUGAAGAGAUCUUUUGCUUUUAUCAAUGCCAUUGAGUUUGUGUCAGCACCAGAUGAUCUCAUUCCUGAUUCAGCUGCUGCAGUUUCCCCUGUUGGUGAUUUUAAUGGCCUGUCUCAAUUCGCGUUUGAAGUAAGUUAUCGGUUAAAUGUUGGAGGGCCAAUUGUCACACCAAAAAAUGAUACAUUGUGGAGGACAUGGUUGCCUGAUAAUAAGUACAUGGCAUUUCCUGAAGGGGCUCAGAAUGUGUCGGUUCCUCUAACGACAAUCGUUUAUCCAGAUGGAGGGGCGACACCUUUGAUUGCCCCCAGUUCAGUUUAUGCUACGGCUGAUAUGAUGGCAGAUUCUGGGGUGCCCAACUCGAAUUUCAAGCUAACGUGGGAGAUGGACGUUGAUUCGAGCUUUUCCUACUUUAUCAGAAUGCAUUUCUGUGAUAUUGUGAGCAAAGGCCUAAAUGAGUUGUACUUCAAUGUCUAUGUUAAUGAGGUGGUGGGGGUCUCUAGUCUUGACCUUUCAACACUGACUUCAGAGUUGGCCACCCCUUAUUACAAAGACUUUGUGCUCAAUGCCACAGCCAUCACCAACGGUUCGAUCAUCGUGCAGGUGGGACCCGCGUCAAACGUCCAGUCUAUCCUCCCAAAUGCCAUCCUCAAUGGAUUGGAGGUCAUGAAGAUGAGCAACAUGGAGGGAAGCUUGGAUGGGCUGUUCUCAUCUGGUGGACGGCAUGGUGUAAUGCCAAGAUCACGCGGAAUGAGAAUUGCUGCAGCUUUUGGAUUGGCAAUGGGGUUUACAGCAUUAGUAUUGCUUUUGAUGGGCAUUGUUCGUUGGCGAAGGAAGCCAACAAAGGGUUGGGAGAAGCAGAAGACAUUCUCUUCAUGGCUUCCUCUCAAUGCUAGUUACUGCAGCUUCAUGUCAAGCAAGAGCAAGACUAGUUGUUCAACAAUCAUAUCCUCUGGCCUCAACUUUGGCCGUGUCUUUACUUUCAAUGAAAUCAAGAAAACAACAAAAAACUUUGAUGAAAAAGCAGUCAUUGGUGUUGGAGGCUUUGGAAAAGUGUAUCUUGGUGUAUCGGAAGAUGGAACAAAACUAGCUAUAAAGCGAGGAAAUCCAUCAUCCUCACAGGGCAUCAACGAAUUCCUAACAGAAAUUGAGUUGCUAUCCAAGCUUAGGCAUCGACAUCUUGUUUCACUCAUUGGUUAUUGUGAUGAACAAUCAGAAAUGAUUCUAGUCUAUGAAUACAUGUCUAAUGGUCCUUUGCGUGACCACAUUUAUGGUUCCACUUUGCCAACUCUAACAUGGAAACAAAGGCUCGAAAUCUGCAUAGGAGCUGCUCGAGGACUGCACUACCUUCACACUGGUUCAACUCAGGGGAUAAUACAUCGCGAUAUAAAAACUACAAACAUCCUCCUUGAUGAGGACUUUGUCGCAAAGAUGGCUGAUUUUGGUUUGUCAAAAACUGGUCCUUCACUGGAGCAAACACAUGUUAGCACAGCAGUGAAGGGUAGUUUUGGUUACCUUGAUCCCGAAUACUUCAGAAGACAACAACUAACAGAAAAAUCUGAUGUGUACUCGUUCGGGGUAGUCCUUUUUGAGGUACUAUGUGCAAGACCUGCUCUUGAUCCUGCAUUGCCAAGAGAACAAGUGAAUUUGGCAGAGUGGGCAAUGCAGCAACACAAAAAGGGCACUCUGGAGAAGAUCAUAGACCCUCAUAUUGCAGGAACCAUUACCCCUGAGGCGUUAAGGAAAUACGUGGAAGCUGCAGAGAAAUGCUUGGCAGAAUAUGGGGUUGAUAGGCCUGCAAUGGGAGAUGUUUUGUGGAACUUAGAAUAUGCCUUGCAGCUUGAAAGUGCAUCCCCGAGUAGUGUUCCAGUGAAGAAUGAGAAUGAGAAUGAAAAUUCCAAGCCAAGUUCUUCAGAACAGCCUGGAACGAAUUCGAAGAGCAAUAAAGAAGCUCAGCUCAUUGACAUUAAUGAUGAUUCUGGAGUGGUGGUUGGUUCUCCUAUGUUCUUAGAAGGUUUUCAAGGAAGAUAAUAACUGAAAUAAGUAACUAAAACCAAAGAUGACCAGCCUUUUUGUUUUUUGAUUUUUUCUGUUUUCAUGUUUUUUUACUUUACUUUUUCAAGCAA